UUUAUCAGGUCAGGUUAAACAAUAGAAAUAAUAUUCAUUGCCAAAAUAAAUGGCGUCUAAAUAGAUGAAAUAUUUAAAUCGCCAGCUAUUGCACCGCUAACAUGUAAGAGGAUUUCGUAUGGAUUUUAAACCUCACUUUUCAGAUCAAAAAUGUGAAUUCCCGUAAGAUUUCAUGGCGACGCCAACGACAGAGAUCGGUCUGAAGAGGGUAAGGUUUUCCCUGGAUGAUGAUAAGGAAUCGGCUCGGAGUCCAGACGAUUUUUACCAGGGACAAUGGGAUUUCCUCAAGUAUUUGCUAACGUUGCGAGAGGAGUUCAACAUUACAACGGUUGUAGAAAGUCUCGUUCAGAAAGGCGUCAUCAGUGCAGACGCCGGAACAGACGUCAUGCGUCAAGGUAAUGCGCGUGCGCAGAUCGAACUUUGUGUACAGGAAGUAAUGAAAGGCGGAUCACCGGCGUAUGCGGCCCUCUGCGAAACCCUGCAAGAGCAUGGUUACAGCAAUAUAGUAGAUGCAUUGAAAAGAGAGGACAACAUGCAUGCGUUUGUGCCAGAACUUUCUGAUAUGCAAGGCUUUGGUCCCAGAGAAAAACAGACACACUGGAGUCAAAGUGCAUCUCUUGUCAACCCGGAUGAGAUGGCGGUGCAGGGUAAGAAAAUGUCACUGGGAGCAUUGGCACGAGACACCAAGGCGUCACAGAAAGAAUUCUCCGUUAUAGUAGAACGUCAGCACGAGCUAGAAAAGCAGCUUGUGCAAGUGAUGAAGUCCUUGGAUACCGCUAAAGACAUGCUUAUUCGUGAAAGACAAGAAAAACUUGGACUUAGAGAACAGCUUAAAGGUCGAGACGAAGAAUUGGUUGGAAUGCAAAGAAAGUAUUUAGAGCUUCAGAAAGCUAUGGCUAAUCUAAGAGAUACAAACAAUAAAUAUCACGAAAAGGUGACAAAGUUACAAAUAGAAAACGAGACACUACGACGUGGUAUGAAAGACAGGGAUGAAAUUGAAGGUGAACUCAGGGAACGCAAUAGUGAAUUGGUGCGCUUGAAAGAAGUAUUAAAUAGACAGGAGCAACAAAUGAAGACGCAAGAGGAACAGAUUGUCCAAAAACUUGAUAUGAUUGAGAAAGUGGUUACUGAACACAGGGGUUUGAUAGACGGACAAGAUAAACUGACGAAGAGAAUGUCACAGCAGCAGACGGACAUUGUUCGUCUCUCUGAAGAAAAAUUAGAGGCGCAAAAUCAAAUGGCGGCACAGCAGCGUCAGCUGAACUUCCAACACGCCCAGAUCGUGAUGUUGCAAGAACAAAUGCAGAGAAUGGAGGCGCAUAUAAGUCAAGGGGCGACUGGAGGAACGUUGAGACCGGAAAGUCUGCCCCCGGUAAAUACACACCCUACAACGCCUGUUGGAGAUAGCCGGGGAGGUCGAUAUAUCGCGUCGCUUUCUAAAGGAAUGAAUCUGAGACCGUUUAAUGCUCAAGGAAAAUUAGAGAACUCCAAGAACUCGUUUUGGAGAAGUGAUCCUUCAUCUAAGAAAAGCAAAUGAGAAAAAUAACUCGCUAGCAUAUUUAGAUGUUUGUGUUACAUAAAUUUUUGUGACUGUCACAUUAAGUAUUACAGUAAUUGUGUUCAUUUUUAUUCUAUUUCUCAAUUGACGUCAUUAUUUGGAUGUAUUAUAUUUUCAUUUCUAUACUUUUCACAUUGAAAGCAUUUGUUGUUGUGUUAAAGGGAAAUAAUUUGAUUUAUUUAUAAUUGAUAAAGUGAUAUAAAUUCCUCUUAUCUAUUCUUAAGUUAGGAAUUAACAUUAUAUAUACAAAUGUCUGACAUAUUUUAGGCAACUUCCGGCGGUUAGAUUCUUGUUUUAGUGAAACUUUUUUUUCCACUCUAUAUCGUUAUUUUAUCGACGGUUAUCAAAUUUAAGACAACACUUUUUAACAUUGUCAAUAACAUUUUGAAAGUAUUAUUUAAAUCAAAGUAUGAACCUAUAUUUUUCUACAUACACCAUGCCAAUUUCUUUUUCAAAGUUACAUUAAAACGAUGGUUGGUUGUUUCUUGAGCAUUUAUGGUAAACGUGUUUUAAUGUUUUGACGUACACUUCAACGGAUAAUACACACACUGCAGAUAACGAAAUCUGCAUAUAUCGAACAUGGUUGUUUUGUACCAUAUACUUUGUUUAUGUGUCACAUUCACUGCAUAUGUAACAAUUCCAAUACAAUGUUUGAAUGAAAUAUAUGUAUAUUACAGUAAACAUUUUUAUAUCA